AUGCAAAACCGACUACCCGAUGUCAACGUGCAACUCAUCCCGACGCCGCUCGUGUUCGUCGAUCGGACAUCCAUCUUACCAAUUCUAUUCACCUUUGCAGACAGAAUACAUGACCUGAUUUCUGUACCUUUGUCAUUUUUUCAAUCACCCUCCAAAGAGAAGGCUUCGCCACAAAGUAAUUGUUCUUCACAAUCUGAUGAUCAGGUCAUCACCCAACAAAAGAAUUGCUUAAUGAGCAGAGAAGAAGUGAGAUUUGUAAUGGACAAAUUAGAGCUUUUUUGCAGCAAAAAUGAUGGUGAUGAAGAAAUUGGGGAGUGUUUUGGAGGUGAGGAAUUAACAGCUAUGUUUGAAGAGAAUGAACCAAGCUUGGAAGAAUUGAAGCAAACAUUUAAUGUGUUUGAUAGAAACAGAGAUGGGUUCAUUGAUGCAGAGGAAUUGCAUAUUGUUCUUGGCCUGCUUCAAUCUAAUAAUGGGAUUUUCAUCCAUGAUUGCAAAAGAAUGAUAGCCAGAUUUGAUCACAAUAAUGAUGGUAAAAUUGAUUUCACUGAGUUUGUAAAGUUUAUGGAAGUUGCUUUAUCUUGA